CCUGGCUUAGCAACUUGUUAGCCCUUUCAUGACGCGGAUUUGUAUUGGUCUCGGGCCUGCCUUGAGGCUUUCGGUGCUUAGCAGCGGCAAGGUGGUCGUCGGCUAAGCAGAAAGAAUAGAAAGACAGGUACGAGGAGCCGCGCUGCUGGUAACACGACUGCCUGUGUCACAAGGAGGACCUCCGCCGGUACCGUCACCACAUUGCAGCCAGGAAGGAGCCCCUAGAGGGACCUACCAAGCGAGCUAUGCCCCCGCCGUUCCGCCAGCGCCCGAUGCGCAUCUUCGUGAACGACGACCGCCACGUGAUGGCCAAGCACUCGGCCGUGUACCCCACGCAGGAGGAGCUGGAGGGCGUGCAGAACAUGGUCUCGCACACGGAGCGCGCCCUCAAGGCCGUCUCCGACUGGCUGGACGAGCAGGAGAAGGGCGGCGCCAAGGGCGACUCGCCCGACGCCGAAAUGGAGAAGGAGAGUGAACCCAGGCCCUCGGAGCAGGCCACACGCACCCUGCGGGGGGUCAUGCGCGUGGGCCUGGUGGCCAAGGGGCUGCUGCUGAAGGGCGACCUGGACCUGGAGCUGGUGCUGCUCUGCAAGGAGAAGCCCACCAUCACCCUGCUGAAGAAGGUGGCCGAGAACCUGUCCGUGCAGCUAACGACCAUCACCGAGGAGAAGUACGAGGUCAUCCAGUGCAUCCGGGACGCCACCAUCGUGAUCAAGAGCGCCAAGGAGCCCGUGCUGACCCUCACCAUCCACCUGACGUCCCCGGCGGUGCGGGAGGAAGUGGAGCGGCAGGCCGCUGGAGACACGCUCUCAGUCAGCGAGCCCCCGGAUGUUCUGGACAGGCAGAAAUGCCUGACUGCCUUGGCGUCUCUUCGCCACGCCAAGUGGUUCCAGGCUCGGGCCAACGGACUGAAGUCCUGCGUCAUCGUCAUCCGCAUCCUGAGGGACCUGUGCUCCCGGGUCCCCACCUGGGGCCCCCUGCGCGGAUGGCCGUUGGAGUUGCUGUGUGAGAAAGCGAUCGGAACGGGGAACCGGCCAAUGGGAGCGGGGGAAGCUCUCCGCAGAGUUCUCGAAUGCCUGGCUUCUGGAAUUCUCAUGUCUGACGGUCCUGGCAUCUCUGACCCGUGCGAGAAGGAGACGACGGACGCCAUCAGCCACCUGGACCGCCAGCAGCGCGAGGACAUCACACAGAGCGCCCAGCACGCCUUAAGACUGGCUGCGUUUGGGCAGCUGCACAAAGUGCUGGGGAUGGACUCGCUACCCUCCAAAAUGCCCAGGAAGCCCCGGAGUGACACCCCCAUAGACUACACAGUCCAGAUCCCGCCCAGUUCCACUUACGCUCCGCCGAUGAAGAGGCCUAUCGAGGAAGAGGAAGGAGGCGACGACAAGAGCCCCAACAAGAAGAAGAAGAAACUGCAGAAGAAAUCCCCGGAGGAGAAGGCGGAGCCGGCGCAGGCCAUGAACGCGCUGAUGCGGCUGAACCAGCUCAAGCCGGGCCUGCAGUACCGGCUGGUCUCCCAGACCGGGCCCGUGCACGUGCCCGUCUUCACCAUGGCCGUGGAGGUCGACGGCAAGAGCUACGAGGCCUCGGGCCCGUCCAAGCGCACCGCCAAGCUGCACGUGGCCGUCAAGGUCCUGCAGGACAUGGGCCUGCCCACGGGGGUGGAGGUGAAGACCGCCGAACCGGUGAAGGGCGAAGAGGGGACCAACGACGCGGAGUCGAAUCCCCUGGCCACGCCCGCCGUGGCCGCCGACCCGUCGGCCACGGGCCCCGCCAACUCGGAGGCCGCGGACCUGGCGGAGAACGCGCGACAGCAGGGCCCCAUCCUCACCAAGCACGGGAAGAACCCGGUGAUGGAGCUGAACGAGAAGCGGCGCGGGCUCAAGUACGAGCUCAUCUCGGAGACCGGCGGCAGCCACGACAAGCGCUUCGUCAUGGAGGUGGAGAUCGAUGGGCAGAAGUUCCAGGGCACCGGCUCCAAUAAGAAGGUGGCCAAGGCGUACGCCGCCCUGGCCGCCCUGGAGAGGCUCUUCCCAGAGGGCUCCACCCCAGAGGCGGCCAAGAAGAAGAAGCUCCCCCCGAUGCACAACCCCGGCUUUGGCAUGAUGGGCGGCGCUCCGGCGGAUCCCUCGUCAAAUCCCAGGGGCCGAGGGAGAGGGGGGCGUGGCCGGGGGAGAGGCAGAGGGUUCAACAAUGCCGGCGGAUAUAACCAAGGAGGCUACGGAAGCUACGGCUACGGGAACAGUGGAAACUCUGGAUACAAUAACUACUACAACAACGGUGGGGCCGGCGAGGGCGUCGGGGCUGCGGGGGGCUGUGCCAUGGGUCCGGCCGGCGGCCCUGCGGGCGGGGGCGCCGGGGCCGGCGCCGGGGGCUACGGCGGCUUCUAUCAGAACGAUGGCGCGUACUCCGCCCCUCCGCCCGCCGUGCCGAAGCCGCCCGGCAAGAAGCCCCCCCUGCACCAGGGCGGGAAGCCGCCGUUCGCCGCCCCCCCGGCGUCGGCGGGGGGGGCGCCGGGAGGCUACCAGACCACGCCCCCUCCGGGGCAAGGCUCCUACAGCCAGUACGGCCAGGGCUACGGGCCGGGCAAGAAGAACUUCAGCCAGAACCAGGGAGGAGGCGGCGGCGGCUACUCCAGCUACAGCACCGCCUAUCCCAGUCAGGUGACAGGGGGCGGGGGCAGCCAGGAGUACAGCUAUGAAGGUUACAACAACCAGGCGAACUUCAAUGUGCCAGGUGGCACCAACCCAAGCUAUGGGGGAAACCAGGGUUCCUUUGGCAGUCCUGUGGGGUAUGGGAGGGGGGAGCCCAGCAUGAACUACCAGUACAGAUAGACUGAAACUCCACUUCCCAUAACCCCCUGUCCUCCAUCCCUCUCUCAAGCUUUUUCCCAAAGCAGAAACGGCUCCCUCCUAAGUCAAGGUCCUCUCAGAGGAAAAAAGGCUAAUUUUCAUAUUUCAGCUGCACAAUUUCUGUUUGGAUGUGUAAAAAAAUGAUUAGGUAACAGUGUUUAUUCUUUUGUAUGGAGUUUUCCUUGCACCCCCCCCCCCCUUGAGCAAUGCAUUGCUGACCCAUUGAUAUUAAAAAAUAAAAGUCCCUUUCGCAAAAAGGGCUCCCUGUCUGCUGGGCCGAUAAGCAUAUUGUUACCUGUUCGUUUGGUUAACACUGUUGAGAUCCCUGUUUUCUCCAAAAAUUUUAUCUCCAGUUCAUAAGCUGCUCGUUGUGGAGGUUUGCUGAAGUGACCGAAUCGCAUUUUGAUGUGAGACCGGUCAUUUUCACUGUCUCCGAUGGAUGGUUAGUCAGGUUGCCUCAUCUUAACUUUUUUUAAGUUUUAACUAAAGUAGGUUUUGGUCUCUGCCUUUACCUGUGACCGUUCCUGUGUCCCUAUUAAAACGCACCUGUGCUUGUGUUAGGAUCAUCUUUGGCCUAGCCCGGCGUUACUGAAAACAAUGACCUACUUGCCUCAUUACCAAACAAUGUAUAGUUUUUCUUUCAUUUUGCUUGUAAUUUUAAUGCUUAUUUUUAAUGUUUGAAUUUAUUUUAUUUAGCGGUUUUCAGCCAGUGAUUUCUUGAAUGUAGGUGACUGGCAAUUGAAUGAUUUUUAGUUUGCUCAAUGAGUUAUUGGGGGGGUGGGGUUUUUAUUUUUUAUUUUUUGUCCCCCCAUUAUUUUUCAGAAUAAUGUGUACCGAUGUGCAUCAGUUGUGGUUUGUAUCAAUAAAGGAUUUUUAUUUUGGA